AUGAAUCCACAGUUUGAAUCUGGCCACCAUGUUUUAAAUAUUGAUAUUUUAUUAUUUGUGAGACAAAUGAUAAAAAAUAACGCUGAAUUAAUAAAUCCUUCCCUUAUAAUUAACAAUAGAAACCCUAUUAUAAUAAACGAGUAUGAUGCUGAUCCUAAUAAGAGGAAGUUAAUACAUAAUGACAUUACACAUGACUACAAAAGAAAGAAAUAUUCUUUUAUGGAACAUGAUAUUAACUUCAAACAAGACAUUGAUGCUGAUUUUAAGUUUGAAGGAGAGCUUGAAAGUAGUCUAUAUUACGGACUACCUGAUAGUUUAAGCCACAUGAAUAAGAGGAUAAACACAGAGCACGGUGAUUUCGGCCGAAUAAUAAAGAAAUUGAGGUCGAGUAUAAAUGAUUUAAUAAACGAUGAAAUAAUCAAUAACGCAAGACUAUCCUUCAACGACAUAACAAUUAACCAGUUAUUACAACUGGAAAACUUGGAAAGAGAAGAACACCACGUUGAAGUAGAUAUUAAACAAGUUGAAAAGGACGAAGAAGAACUAAUAGACAAGAUAUUGGAACUAAACAAAGAAUCAAACAAAAUAGUAAGAAUGGAAGAGGAUGAAGAUAUUGUCAACAUUUACAAGUGGCGUCAUGUUAAAACUCUGGGUGAGGGGUCUUACGGCAGAGUUUACCUUGUAUCUUCAGAUUUAACAAAUGAAAGGAAAGCCUUUAAAAGGAUAAUAAUAAACAAGAAAUUAAAUAUAUACAUGCUCCGUGAAAUGUACUCUCUCUUACUACUUUCUUGUUCAAACCCGUUCAUUUACAAACAUAACUGUAGUCCUUAUGAGAAUUACGAAUACGAACAGUCUUACAAUAGUUACAGUCGUAACUUUCUUGCCACUUGUGAUACUAAAACCGACAACUUUGAACAUUCUCAAUACUUUGGAGUUGAAAAAAAUGUCAUAGAAUUGGAUAAAAUAUAUUUCGGCAAAAAUAGAAUUUAUUUGUCCUUUCCAGUCUUUGAUUAUAACUUAAGAGAGUAUUCAAACAAGUAUUACAAAAAUGGUAUGGAGAUUGAGUUGGUCAAACGAAUAGUCAGGCAGAUACUUGAAGGUGUUUAUAUUUGCCAUUCAAACAACAUAAUUCACCGUGAUAUUAAGCCCGAAAAUAUAUUAAUAUCCAUAGACGAAUUCAACAUUAAUGCCAGACUUAUUGAUUCAGACAAUAUUAAGUGUACUCAUAAUGAUAUGUAUAAUACUGGUAGUAUCAUAGAUGAUGAAUACAUUGAUAUCAGUUCAUUUGAUGAUAGUGGCGAACAAAAUUUGACAAAUUCUUUCAAUUUUCGCAAUAGAGUGACCAAUACAGACUUAUUCAGUAUACCCAGUAUUGAUAGGGUAAUUUUAUCAGAUUUUGGACUAUCACGACAACUCGAUCCCGACCACUAUUAUCAGAAGAACAAAAGUAAUGAAACUAUAACUAUAUACAUGUUUUUAAUUAAUAAUUUAUUAGAAUUAACUAUGGAGGUUGUCACUUUAAACUACAGGGCUCCAGAACUUUUGUUAGGUUACAACUUCUACUCCUAUUCAAUUGAUAUUUGGUCCGUCGGAUGUAUAUUAAUUGAACUUUUAACAGGUCACAAUUUAAGGGUGAUGAAUAGAAUUUUAGGAAAACAAUUGUUCGAUGAAAACAACGAAUUCGGGUUACUGAUUUCAAUUUUUAAGGUUUUUGGAAAGCCUACAGAGUCUGAAUGGGCCCAGAUUUCCACAUUUCCUUAUUUGAACGUUGAAAUAAACUGCAACAACAAGUAUGAAAUGUUUAAAGGAUUAAGUCAAGAUGAGUGCUUGGUUGAUUUAUUAUUAAGAAUGCUAGAACUAAAUCCCAACAAACGAAUAACGGCACAGGAAGCUAUCCAGCACGAGUUUUUUAAAUGA